AUGUCUCCAAGCUACAGAGGUUUGGAAGAGCAGGAAUACUCUCCUUCUGCCCAGCACCACCACCACCACCAGCAGCAGCAGCAGGCCUAUCCCUAUUCUGAUCAGCUUUCCCCUUCCUCUCCUGAUGGGUUCUCUUUUAGAACAGCAGGAGCAGCAGGAGCAGGGGGGCAGGCCGGGGGAAGAGGGGGCGCAGGAGGGGCCGCAGGAGGGGGAGGGGGAGAAAGGGGUGAGAGUUUCGAUGCAUCCUCACUUCCCCUGAUGGUGGUGGCUGGGGCUGUGAUGGGAGGGCCUGGUAGGGUGUCGCUGCCUGCUGUCCGUCCCAGCAACCGCACUCCGUUGAGAACACCUGUGGAUUCACCUGAGAUUUCACCUGUGGGCUCCCCUCAAGGGUCCCUGUACCAAGCCUCGGUGCUAGGCUCGGCAGAGGAGUACCCGUAUGGCUCGGAGGCGUCCGAACCGGGACAGCAGGGUUGGCGCAUGGGUUCUGGUGGGGAGUCGUAUCACCAGAAGCAGCAGCAGCAGCACCAAUACCACCACCACACGUCACCACCACCAGCAGCAGCAGGAAUGGCAGUGGGUGGUUAUGGUGGUAACCCUAUUGGGGGUAGCAGGCGCGCAGGUAACCCAAGAGGCGGCAGCUCUAGUGCGGCUGCAGCAGCAGCGGCUUUCCCCAAGUCCCAUGAAGGGGAGGAGUUUUCAGAAGGAGAAGAGGAGGAGGAAGAGGAGGAAGAGGAAGAAGAGGAGGAGGAAGAAGUGGAGGAAGAAGAGGAGGAAGAGGAGGAGGACGAGGAAGAGGAAGAGGAGGAGGAAGGGGAAGGGGAGGAGGAUGAUGAUGUGUAUUACGAGUCAAAGGUGUUGGGGGAUGAACCCAUCUCAAGGCGACGAGUGGUGGAGCUGCUGGAUCAGAUGGACGCGUUCAUAGAGGAGGGGCCGCACUGCAAGCUGGACGAGUACCUGCCGGCCAUUGAUCUGCUGCUCAGCAUGGACGCGUUCAUAGAGGAGGGGCCGCACUGCAAGCUGGACGAGUACCUGCCGGCCAUCCACCUGCUGCUCAGCGUCAGGGCGCUGCUACUCAACAUGGACGCGUUCAUAGAGGAGGGGCCGCACUGCAAGCUGGACGAGUACCUGCCUGCCAUUGAUCUGCUGCUCAGCGUGCGAGCGCUGCUGCUGGAGGCGCGCGACAAGGAGACUGGGCGGCGCGCGGACGGCAUGCUCCGGCGGGCUAUGGAGGACCUGGAGUAUGAGUUUAGAGACAUUCUGUCGAGGCGGAGACGGAGGCUCUUUCAUCACAACACAACACAAGGCAUGCUCCGGCGGGCCAUGGAGGAUCUGGAGUACGAGUUCAGAGACAUUCUGUCGAGACGGAGACAAGGCAUGCUUCAGCGGGCCAUGGAGGACCUGGAGUACGAGUUCAGAGACAUUCUCUCGAGACGGAGCCAGCAGGCAUCCACGCGAUUCACAGUCGACACUCUCUCUCGCAUCUUCCACCGCAACUUCUACCCCCCUGCCGCCACCACCACCACCGCUGCUGCAGCUGCUGCCGCAACCAGCAGCGUCAGCACCAGCAGCAGCUCCCCUGAGAGCGGCGUGACAGGGGGUACCAGCGCUAGCAGCAGCAGGAACAGCACAGGGGGAGUGGGAGGCGGGGGAGCGGGUGGAGGGGGGGGAGGGGAAGGUGGUGUUGGCGGGGAGGGGAUGGGGGGUUUGGAUGAGGGGGAGUUGGAGGAUGCCGAUUCGCUGCAUGUGCUGCCGGAAAUCGCUGCCCGGUGGCUGAACCAGACGGCCGCCAGGCUGGUGGCGGGAGGGGAGAGUGUGCGCUGUGUGGAGGCCUUCAGGUCGGUGCGAGUGGACAGUCUCAAGGGGGCGCUGCAGCGGCUGGAGUCUGAGAGGCCGUGGAUGGUGACGGCAGGGCAGAUCGCAGACAUGCCAUGGGCGGAGCUGGAGCCGCUGAGCAAGCAGUGGACUCAGGAUAUGUACAUUCUGGGCCGUCUGCUACUGGGCAUGGAGAGGAGGACAGCAGCGGCCGUGUGGCGAGGCAUGCAGGUGCACGAGCGCGGGGCAUUGAGGGCAAUCCUGGAGGACAGCGGCAUGGGCAAGCGCAUAGCAGAUCACACCUUGAUCCUCCGCGCCAUCAUCGCCCGCAACCUGCCCGAGCAACUCUUUUCGCUGCUCGAUGCUUUUCGGGCUGCCCAAGAAGUCAUGCCAGAGCUAUCCGCCACAAUCAAUCUUCUCAAGAUGGAGACAGUGUGGCCGGCCUGCCAGCACCUCCCGCUGCUCAUAGCACGAGCCGUGGCCGACACCUUUGACCGCUUCAAAGCCCUCCUGGAAACCUCCACCAAGUCCGCCCAAGCCAUGGCUGCCGCUGCUCCGCCCCUCUCCGCCUCCUCCGCCUCCCCCUCUGCAUCCGGUGCUGCUGCUUCUGCUACUACUGGUGGUGGGGAGGCAGCGGGGGGUGGAGGAGGAGAGGGUGGGGAGGGGGAGAAGAAGCCAUCGCUUGCAAAGCUGUUCAGGUGGGUGCUUCAAUUCAGAAUGCCGUUCCUGUGUCGCGCAGCAAGCACCACAUCAGCCCGCCAGCAGCAGAGGAGAGCGCUUAGGAUGGCAUGCCUUUCCCUCUUCCUCCCCUCUCCCCUGCCCUUCAUUCCCUUCAUCCCAUUCCUCUCCAUUCCUCCCCACCCUUUCCCACCGCAGAAUGCCGUUCCUGGGCCGCACGGCAAGCACCACAUCGGGGCCGCCAUCAGCGGAGGAGAGCACUCAGGACGUCAUGCUUUUCCUUCUUCACCCAUCUCCACCCUCUCUCAAUCCCGUAGAAUGCCGUUCGUGGGUCGCAAUCCGAGCACCACGUCAGCAUCGCCAGCAGCGGAGGAGAGCACUCAGGACGUCAUGCCUUUCCCCUUUCUUCUCCUCUCUUCUGCCCUUCAUUCCUUCAUCCCAUCCCUCUCCAUCCCUCUCCAUCCCUCUCCACCCCUCUCCAUCUUCCCUCUCCACCGCAGAAUGCCGUUCCUGGGUCGCAAUGCGAGCACCACAUCGGCAUCACCAGCAGCAGAGGAGAGCACUCAGGACGUCAUGCCGCCGGGGGGAGUAGUUGACCCCAUCACGAGCUACGUGGCCAACUACAUUCGCAGCUACAUGCGCCGGUGCGUGUGUGGUAUGGUCACACGCGACAGUAAAUGUGUGCAUGUGUUGGAGAGGCACACGCUUUGCUGCCGCCCGAGGGGAGUGCUUGUCCCCAUCACCAGCUACGUGGCCAACUACAUUCGCAGCUACAUGCGCCGCGUACCCUCCACCCACAACAGCUACCUGGAUGUGCUCGCCUCGCUCUUCCACCUUCUGGAGGAGCAAGGAGCAGCGAGUGACGAGGAGGAGGAGGAGGAGGAGGAGGAGGAUGGGGGAGCAGAAGCCGACUACCUGGACGUACUCGCAUCGCUCUUCCAUUUGCUGGAGGAGCAGGCGGCAGUGAGCGACGAGGAGGAGGAGGACGGGGACGGAGAGAAGGAGGAUGGCAGAGGGGGCAGCAGCAAGCCGAAGGGGGAUGGGAAGGCAGCAGCCGCGGGAGGGAAGGCGGCGGGUGGGAAGGCGGACAGUGGGAAAGCGGACGGUGGGAAGGGAGGGGAUGGGAAGUGGAAGCGAGGGGGAGGGCAGCAGCACGCGGGGAGGAGUGCGGAGAGUGAGACGGCGCACCUGCUGAGUGCACUGGUGGUGAAUCUGGAGGCACGCGGCGGGCUGUACCGCGAGGAGGAGCUGCAGCACCUGUUCCUCAUGAACAACACUCACUACCUCGUGCAGUCCGCUGCUGACUGGUAUCGCUGGCACGUGGACAGCCUGAACCACCCGCUCUCACAAGCUCGCAAGGAGGGCGCGCGGGAUCUCACAGCAGCCAUGGCGGACCUGAGGGACGGCCACAUCGUUCAACUGCAUGCCACCGCCUUCCAGAGUCGCGCGCUGGCUGCUGUCAUGGCAGCACUCACAGAUGAGCCUCCCCGAGGCACACCCGACUCUGUGAAGCUCAGACUCAACAGGUUGCGGCGGUUCAACGGGGCGUUUGAAGCGCUGGUGGCACGGCAGCGGCGGUGGUGCAUUCCCGAUGAGGAGCUGCGGAGGAAGACCCGCGCCAAGUGGUCCACGGUGCUGCGCGAGCGAUACCGCAAGAUGCUGCUGCCCUUCUGGUGA